AUGCCAUCCGCAGAUCCCGCGCCCCCCUCCGAUGCCUCCGACUACUCAGACGUCGGAGACUACUCAGCAGACGAGGACUUCUACGUCCCGGGCGUCAACGACCCCUCCUCCUCCGGCUCUACGCCGCUCGCCUUCUCCGCAGCUUCACACCCGGCCCCGCCGCCGUACCCCUCCUCCGAAGAAUCCGACCACUCCUCCAACGUCGUGCGCCAGGACUCCAACUUCUCGCGCCUCUCCGCCCAGUCCUGGCUCACAGUCGACUCCGCCCAGGACGUCGAUGAGCCCCAUCUGCUUCAUCCGCGCGACCCCGCAGUCCCGCAACCCGCCGCCGCAACCCCGUUCGACCCCGCCGCCUCUGCCACCGCGCCGCGUGACGCCCCCAUUAUUCCAGACCGCAAGUUUCCGGGCGCCGAUAGGGAUAGGGAUCCCUCUACCUUGUUCGAUGUUGAUAUCGAGGCAGAGCUGCUGCAAACUGUCCAAUCGAAGCCCCUCGCCGAAAUGUCUGUCUUCGAGUGCUGCGCCGUGCUUCAAGCAGGCGUCCCGGCGUACAAGAAGAAAAGCUUUCGCCGCUUUGGCGCCCGCCGUGUGUGGUUGUCACCCGAGUGCGACCGCUUGCUAUGGACGAGUAAGAAGGACGGCGUCACGGCCGACCAUAUCAAGUUGCAAAAAGUCGCCAAGAUGAAGUGCGCUGAUCGAGAGGUGAGCGUAGAUGUCACUGAGGGAUAUCGCAUCUCGCUCCUGUUUGGUAACCCCGAAGAGGCCGGAAUGUGGGUGAGAGCCCUGUCAUGUCUUAUUCCGUUGCAGGCCCGCGUCAGGGCCCCGAAAGGAGUCGUGCCGCCGGACAAGGACCGCGAGGAUUACACGCUUAUUGACGAUGUGUUUGACAAUCGACCGCUGCGCGAUCGCAUUGCCGUCAAUUCUUACAUCGUCCUGUGCUCAGCGAACAAGCAGCCUCCGCAGAUGGGGAACAAGCUUGCGUUUUCGAGGUCUGAGGCGUCGUUUUGCGGCCUGCGGUACAUUCCGUACAAGCUUGUCCCGUUGCUGCUGCGGUCACAGGAGGAGAUUGCCGUUCUCAAGCGCCUCGACCAUCCCAAUGUCGUUAAGUACCACGAGUGCUUGCAAGACCAGGAGCACGGCGGGAAUUACGUCAUCUUCGAAUAUCUCGCAAAGGGCUCGAUCAUGGACUCAACCAAGCUGGAGGGCGUCGCUCCCAUCCGCGAGGCGACAGCGCGCGAGUACAUUCGCGACGUCGUCAACGGCCUCGAAUAUCUACACUCGCUUCGCAUUGCCCACGGGGACGUACGCCCAGAUAAUCUUCUCCGCUCCGUAAACGGCGCCAUCAAGAUCAACCCGCUCGGCUGUAUCACCCACGAUUUUACCGAAAUCCAAAACGGCCCCGCGCUUGUCCGCGCCCGGCUUGGCGAAGCCUCGCCGGCCUUUUUGGCGCCAGAGCUUUGCUGGCUUAGCGACGCACCCUCCGCGCAUUCGAAGAGCUACGCCAUGGACGUCUGGGCCGUGGGCGUCGUUUUGUAUUUCAUGCUGUACGGCCGCGUCCCGUUCGGUGGUCGCGACAACCACGCCAUUCAGGAGAGCAUCUGCAAGGGAAAGCUGCGCUUCCCGAGACACCCGGAGACGUCAAGAAAAGUACGGAGCCUGCUGAAAGGCGUCCUCGGCGAGAAGGAUCCCAAGACACGGAUCGCCUUGUCCGAGCUUCAAAGACACCCCUGGUUUUCAGAAGCAGAUAAUAAGGCGGCGAUAAUCGGCGAUGCAAGUCGGGAGCCCACAAGACUUAUCGUCUCGCCGGAAGAGGUGGACUCGGCUGUCCAAGUAGCUAAAGUCGGCGUGACCUCAAGAAAACGAUAG